AUGGAAUCUGCCUGCGCUCAGACCGGAUUGAACAUUUCGAAUCAAGGUCAAACUAUGAAUGAAGCAUCGGACAUUCUCAGUUCUCUAUUCCUCUAUUUUACGCCUUUAUCCGCCAUGUUCACCGAGCUUUGCACCAUAUUCGCUACCGUUGAGUUAUUAUGUUUGAUGUAUCGACAACUAGACAAUUUGAACAAUUCGGAAUUACAAAAAGACGAUGACGGACUAGUUCUGCAUAAGAAAUAUUACCAAGUGGAUCGGCAGUCUUCUCCGUUUUGGAAUAAUCUUUGA